AUGGCUAACUUGAAGGUUUCUUGGAAUAUAUUUUUCCUUAUAUUUGCCACGGCUCCGGUGCUGCCAGCUGUUGUGAAGGAAAAUGGAGGAUUAUGCAGCCGAGGCGAGGUGCCGUGCGACGACGGAUCGUGCGUGGACGCGAGCAGGCUCUGCGACGGCGCGGCGGACUGCUCUGACCGCAGCGACGAGGCUCGCUGCGCUGGAGUCGACACAUUGACCUCGCUGUGGUAUCCAGAUCUGAAUAGGUCAAAGAGGCAGACAUCUUCUUGCCGAAAGAGUCAGUGGCAGUGCCGCGACAAGAGCUGCAUCAGCUUCGACGGCAAGUGCGACGGAGUGGUCGACUGUCCGGACGGCAGCGAUGAGACCCACCCGCUCUGCAGGUCGGAGAGGUGCCAGCCGAACUGGUUCAGGUGCACCUACGGCGCGUGCGUGGACGGCACCGCCCCCUGCAACGGCCUCCAGGAGUGCGCGGACAGCUCGGACGAGCUGCUGCCCCGCUGCAGGAACGAGACAGACGAGAUAAGGGGCCAGUUUCGCUGCCUCAACGGGGACAUAAUACCGGCCGCGAGCCACUGCGACGGCGUGGCGGACUGCGCCGACCGCUCGGACGAGACGGUGCGCGCGUGCGCAGCCAAAACCUGCCCCUCGUACCUAUUCCAGUGCGCUUACGGCGCCUGCGUGGACAGCGGCGCCGACUGCAACGGGGUUCAAGAGUGCGCUGACAACUCCGACGAGUCUGACGAGCUGUGCAACAGGAUUUCGGCGCCAACCACAACGACCACCCAGCGGCCGGUCCAAACUGGCAAAUGCAUACUACCUCCCUACCCUGACCACGGUGGGUACGUGGUGCAGGGCGCACUGAACGCUUCCCCUGGCCAGGCGUUCCCCAGCCUCUCGCUGAACGUCACCUGCCACCCGGGAUACGGGGUGGAAGGGGAAUCCCAGCUGCUCUGCUUCGACGGCUUCUGGGUCUCCGAGAUGCCGAAGUGUAUACGCUACUGCAGGCUGCCGGCGCACCCGUCCGUCGAGUACCGCUGCCUGCUGCGCGGCGGCGACGGCGUCGAGGGCUCCCGGCCGUGCCGCGACUACGAGCCGAGGGGCACCGUCGUCCGGCCCGAGUGCCGCAAGCCGAACUACUACUCGGCCGGCGUGCUCGGCUUCAUGCACUGCGCGGGCGACAGCUGGGACUACGUGGCCGUCUGCACGCCAGGUUUGCUCAGGGACGGCACCAACAUCACGAUACUGGUGAGGGGCCGCGUGGAGGUGCACGUGGGCGUGUUCCGGUACGCGGCGCCGGUCGAGACCGGUUCGACCCGGUUUAACCAGGUCGACGCCGGCCCCGUCCGGCCUACUCCCGUUCGGCCUAUAAUGCCCACCAGCACGGUAGAGCCCGCUGCGCAUAUGACGCAGGCCCAGCCUGUCCGGCCGGUCAAGCCGCCUCAGCCGGUUCAGACACUCCAGCCUUCCACCGAGUCGUCAGAUUACGAGAUAGACCAAGCCGACUGGCGCAUUGGCGUCGCUUCUAACCUCAACGCGUCUAAUAUCGAGAUCCUAUUUAAAAACGGCACCGUCAACGUUAAAACGGACGACGGCGUAAUAAAUUUCAGGGAC